UAACAGCCCAAAAACAAAAAUAAUCUUACGGUGCGGACCUGAUGCAGCAGAUUGCAACUAUUCCAUAUAUAUUCCCUCACUUAAAACCCUAGUUCUAUCCGUGCCUCUCCCAGGACUCCAAAGCACCAUACUGCUCUUCGUCUCAGUCAGGAAAUAUGGCCGUCCCUUUGCUGAAGAAGCAAAUUGUGAAGAAGCGCAAGACGCACUUCAAGAGGCCUCAGAGUGACAGGAAGCACUGCGUCAAGGAAAGCUGGAGAAGGCCCAAGGGUAUUGAUUCACGUGUCAGGCGAAAGUUCAAGGGAUGUGCAUUGAUGCCCAACAUUGGCUAUGGGUCAGACAAGAAGACUCGUCACUAUCUGCCUAACAAGUUCAAGAAAUUUGUCGUGCACAAUGUCAAAGAGGUUGAACUUCUAAUGAUGCACAACAGGACUUACUGUGCUGAGAUUGCUCACAACAUUUCCACCAGGAAGAGGAAGGAGAUUGUCGAGCGUGCAGCCCAGUUGGAUGUUGUUGUUACCAACAAACUUGCCAGGUUGCGCAGCCAGGAGGACGAGUAAACCUUGCAACUGUUAUGGUUUAUUUUGCCAUGCGUGUUUCCUAUAUGCUAGUCUUCUGAAUUUUGGGAGAAAUCUUAUUCAGGAUGCUACUUUUGUUUUCAAUUUGGUACUGUUGAAUUUUAUUCAGAAUUUUACUAAUCUAGUCAUGUUAGACGACAUGAAGUUCUACCAGUUUGUUUGAUUUUGCCAUGUUACUGCCGGUUCCUUGAGUAAAUUAUCAGUCUUUAUUA